GUGUGAGAGAGGUGGAGGACCAGGUUAGCCGUUGUAACUUUUUGGAUUCCUGAUGGCGUCCGGUUCAGCCAGCAGAGCGGAGGAACUGCCACCAGCACUACCUGCCAAACAGCACUGCAGUCAUUCGCUCAGUCACUCCAGCAUUGAGUCUGACUGUGUUAUGCUCACGCCUGUUGAACUCCAGCAUCAGUACAACACAUACAACAAUGUCUUCCCUGAACCAACUGAUUGCCAUGCAGCCCAAUGCCCCAUACACCGGCGCUACGAUCCCUCCCGACACCAGGUGAGAUUUUUCUCUGAUGGCGCCCCACCGCCUGUUCCAAAGAAGAGGUUAGCUCGCACCCUCUCCCUCCCUGGCACCACUGCGUCUCCUCUCUCUCCUUGGUCUCCUCUGUCUCCACUGCAAAGGCACCCUCAGAACUUCGACAACCCUUUGUAUAUGAUGGCACCCAUACCUGACAGCUAUUUCAACCAGGAGACAGAAGAGGUUAUGCCAACCAGAGGCAGUCCUGUCCCCUUACUGCCCUUCUCCCAGCUGUCCUUUGACACCCCAGACGAACAUCUGCCCUACCUAUUCAGCAGCUUUGACAACCAGAGGGUUGUUUCUGAGGGGAUUCAGCAUCGCCAUCUACUCUUUCUGAGAAGUAUGGUGCAGAGCAUGGAGGCUGGGAUCCUGCUGCAAGGAGAGGCCACAGAGAAGGAUGUCAGCUCAUACCAGCCUGAGGAUUUCCUGCUGAAUGAGGGCAGCCAGCCAAAGCAUAUCGGAGACACUGUUUACCACAGCCUUCACAGCCCCAAGUUCCCAGGGAGGGUUCUCGGCUUAAGGGUGCACAAACAGACUGAAGAAGCUGUCUGGGCUCACACUGAACACCAGCCACCACAUGUCAAUGUGCAAAAUGUGGUUGCUCAUUUCCAACCCAGCAACACCCUGAGGAAUGAGUUCAGCAGGUUACAAACUGAAGAUUCCUCCAGUCCUUCAAAGUCCGACUGCACUGCUGCUAAACCACCAGGCGGGGGCAGUAUCGAGUAUUCCACAGAUCCUAUAAACAUCAAUCUGAACUCCGUUCAGGCUUUACUCCAUAAAGGACACUCUGUGAGUGUUGAGAGAGACCUGCCACAUGUCACUCUAGAGGACUUUGUUCAGGACAGCAGCUCACUGCAGAGCUCAGAUUGUUUGGUUUAUCACAGACAGGUGUGUGUUCUGUUGAUGCAGAUAUUAAUGGGCUCACAACAUCUGUACAACAUCAGUGCCACUGCAGCUGAGCUCAGUCCCCGGGAGAUCUUUCUAGUGUGGCCAAGUGGGGAGAGGGACGGGGGCGAAGACAAGCUAAAACAGGAAGCUUCUGAAACAAAGAGAAGCUUCAAGACCAGUAAACUGAAGGAAGAAAUGGAGUGGGAAAAGACAGAGAAGAAAGGGAAGAUCCAGAUGUUAUGGAGGUCACAAGGUUCCCCUCGUGUAGUGUUAAGCCCACAGUCUUCUGUUCCAUCUGCACCUCAUUCCUUUACCUCCAUCAAAUCCCAGAUUGGAGAUCUAAUUCAAUACUGCUUGGCCCCACAAGAGAGCUCAACAACUCUGGACUCAGAUCCAGGUCUGUACAGGUCCUCAUACCGAAGGGGUCUUCUUCAUCUGUCCUCUCUGCUCCAGAGUGGGAGCAGCGGGCUCCAGAUAGUAGAUAUGGUGGCCACACUUCAGGUGCUCCUCUGGGGCCCCCGUGUCCAACUCUUCAAUCACAGAGGCUCAACAACAACAACCGCUGUACACAAUUGGCUUACAAUCAAACGAGCCCUGCUGGUGAUGAAGUUGGCAGAGAGAGGGCUGAUCCAAGAUCAGUCUGCUCUGGAUUGGGAGGACUAUAUGUGCCUGCAGCACCUGUCAUUUACAGACCCUGAGACGGUUGUGAGUGUGACCAGUCAGCUAUGGCUCACUCUGAAGAUAGACUGACAUCUACAGUCAGUAUGUGAAAACUUUGAGUCCUUCUAUCUUGAAAUGAAGUUUUUCCUUAAAUGACUAUGUUGGACUGAAACUACCAAAGACUGUCAACUGUCAGACAAAGUUUUGAUUGGGGUUUAAAAAAAACAAAACAAAAAAACAAAAAAAAACACAUUUCAAUCCUUGGUUCUUUUAACAAAUAGGAUGUUCAUAUACUGCUCUUCAUAGUGUGAAAUUGGUCUAGAGAAAUGCUGCACUUUGAACCUCUGUUUCUGUAAUAUAAGUCAGUAAUAUUACCAAUUUUCAGACAGUUUUGGUUUUUUUUCACAAGACUUUUUUUUUCUAUGCCCUUCCCACUGAUUUGAACUGGGAAAUCUUGAGCACUAAUACCUUAAGACGUUUUUUAACUUUGUUGCUUAUUUAGUCACAAAUGGUUAAAAAGAAUAGUUAUGAUAUAGAAAUACUUUGGCACUUUAAGACACUUGCCAUUCAAAUUUUUUGCUACAUUUCUCCUUUGUCCACACUUUUCUGUAUGAUUAUUUUA